UAUGUUACCGGUCAGGCCAGAGAACAAAUGGAAGAGGCUGAAUGGCUAAUUGAAUUAGACUUUCAAAUAGUGAAAGAUAUGCUUGAUCCAGUUGUUAAAAAGAUUAUCAAUUUAAUUCAAAGACACUGUGCGUCGACCGAGCGUAGACCCGCAGCUAUGUUUUUAGUUGUUCCUAAACAUCCCAUAGCAGCUAUUGAACGGGGUGCUUUAGAAUAUGGUCUAAAUUUGGAUGUUGUCCAAACUCGAAUUUUAAAAUACUGUUACGGUGUAGAGGUAGUGCAUGAUCCACCACAGCGUCGUACACCUUCCGAACGUUUUUUUCAUCGAUUAGCAUUGAGAGGUGUUGAAGUUGCUCGAGGUAUUGCGACGAAUUUGUUGGGAAAACUGAAAAUUGAUUUAUCAGAUUCACAAGGACAAAAAAAAUCAAAAGGUUUUAGUUUUACUUUGAAAAAACGAGUAAUGGAAGUAAUGGAGGUGGCUUUAAUUCUGACAUUUCGUACUAUGGAGAUUAAGGCUACGGCAAUUAAUAAAAUGACUGGACAGAUCUAUAAAGACGCUACUUUUGUAUUGGAGUUUUAA